UCAUGUUAACUGUCAAACAUUACAACACAAUACGUUGCUAAAGAUUUCUAAUUUAUUUUUUGAUACUGAUUUAUUGUUUUACAAAAGGUACCCAAUCUAAAGUAUCUUGUCUUAUUACCUCUUUAAUUAUUUACUUCGCCAUUAUACUUAAAAAUGAUGGACUGUGUGGAAGACUCCAGCCAUGAUCCAUUGUCGGUACCAUCAUCACAACCGGCACCUGUGGGUGACCCUAAACAGGAUAAGAAAAAGCCUAAUGAAAAUAUAUCACUAGCAGAUAAUAGUUUGUUGGUAGACAUCUCAGAUGCCCUUAGUGAAAAGGAAAAGGUGAAAUUUACAGUACAUACAAAAACAACUCUACCAGAGUUUCAGAAGUCCGAGUUUAUAGUGGUUCGCCAACAUGAAGAGUUUGUAUGGUUGCAUGACAGAUAUGAAGAGAAUGAGGAAUAUGCAGGAUACAUUAUCCCACCAGCACCUCCUCGUCCCGACUUUGACGCUUCUCGCGAGAAGCUGCAGCGCCUUGGCGAAGGUGAGGGUGCUCUCACACGCGAGGAGUUCACCAAAAUGAAGGAAGAACUAGAGGAUGAGUAUUUGGCGACUUUCAAGAAGACAGUAGCGAUGCACGAGGUUUUCCUCCAGCGGUUGGCAGCGCACCCUGUCUUUCGUACUGACUCACAUUUAAGGGUAUUUCUGGAGUACGAACACGAUCUGUGUGCUAAACCUCGCGGCAAAAUGGACCUUAUUGGUGGCCUCAUGCGAUCAAUGACAACAACCACAGAUGAGAUAUACCUAGGAGCGACUGUUCGCGAUGUGAACGACUUCUUCGAACAGGAAACAGCUUUCCUACAGGAGUACUACUCGCAUCUGAAGGAAGCAGUCGCGAAAGUUGAUCGGAUGACGUCCAAACAUAAGGAGGUGGCGGACGCUCAUAUCAAGCUGUCGUCAUGCCUGACGCAGCUAGCGUCCCGCGAGCAGCCGCCUACUGAGAGGUUCCUUACGCGCGCCGCCGACACCUUUGACAAGUGCCGGAAGAUCGAAGGUCGUAUGGCGUCAGACCAGGAUCUAAAGCUGGCGGACACAUUGCGUUACUACAUGCGCGAUGCUCAUGCUGCUAAGGCUGUGCUCGUCAGGAGACUGAGAUGUCUGGCGGCAUAUGAAGCGGCCAACAGGAAUCUGGAGAAGGCCAGGGCAAAAAAUAAAGAUGUCCAUGCUGCCGAGCAAGCGCAAGCGGACGCGUGCGCUCGAUUCGAGCAACUCUCCGCCCGCGCUCGUGAGGAGCUCAUUGAUUUUCGUACACGUCGCGUUGCCGCUUUCAGAAAGAGUCUAAUUGAUCUGGCAGAACUAGAGAUCAAACAUGCGCGCGCGCAGCAGGAGCUGUUUCGGAAAUCGCUUCAGAUCCUUAAGGACAGCCAGUGAGAUUAUACAUCCGUCUCAACAGAUGCUAGGGCUAACGUCCAUCAAAGCGGGAAAUUACCAAUUUGGUAGAAUUUUUAUCAAUGGCAACAUUGACAAUAUUAAUGGAUUAAUAAAGUGGAAAAUAUAUUUCACGUUUAAGAGGUGCAAUCAAAAUAUAAAAAAUGAGUGUUUCAGUUUUAAAUUUACUAUUUUAUAAAGUCAGAAGCUUAUCAAAUAUAUUAUACACUUGUAUCUUGAGGUUCAUUUGAGAAAAUCAAUCAGAAAUCAGUAGGAUAGUAAGAAUAUUACCUACCAUUUUCAUCACCACAUUAAUUUGAGAUUCAUCAUGAUCACCGCUGAGAUUUUUAUAAUUGAAUGUUGAUAUAAACAUGAAUAGAUAAUUAUUUAAUAUCUUUAAAGAUAUUAAUGUUAUUGAAAAAAAAGAAAUACGUCAUAUUCUUACUACCUUCCAUAUGUAAGAUAGAAGUGAAAGUUUAUUCACUCAUCAAGUGAGGUAUCACAGAUAAGGAGGUUGAUUAUUUUGUUAUAUCUUAAUUAUUUUAAAAUUAUGCUUAUUUUUAAAUAAUUUUAGUAAUCUCAAUAUUGGUGACUAUAGUUGAUUUAGAAUGUGUAAAGAGAUCAUAGACACUUGGUAAAAGACAGUGUGAAAACAGAAUGUAUCUUCAGGUUCUUUUCUCCCGCUUUGGUGAAAAUAGAUCUUUAUAAAGAACGUUUAAAAAACAUAUUGGGGUGUAUCUAUUUGUUUAUGAUAGUGAUAUUUGGUCUAGCGCAGACUAUCGAUUAAAAUAGAUUGAUAUUUUUUAUUGUUUCUUGCAAAAGAAUAGUAAAAAGAAGUUACAAGAAAAUGUCACACUCAGAAAUGUUAUGAUUGUUUUUCAAGAACGUUGUUUUACAUAAAUAAGUUCCAAGGUUCGGUUCUCUGUAGAGCUAAUUUAUAAAAUGAACUUAGGAGUGGAUUUUUACUACUUUGAAAAAAAUUCGAAAUUUGUUUUCUUUCAUAUUUUAUGUAAGAAAAAGGUAGUUGAUAAUAGUAUAUAUAGUAUAAUAAAUAGUAAAUGACGAUGAUGCAUAAGUGUCAGUUAAGCUAUCCCUUCAUUUGAUGUCCCUCUCAAAAUUAACAACCGCUACAUUAUUAUUACCGUCGGUCGUCUGCGCUAGUCUAUCCCUUUCGAAAGACUGUCAAGUGUAAGUAUUUGUAGCUUAGUACAGUCAAGUUAUUCGUAUGUCAUAUAUUAUAAGGAUGAACAUUACGUUUUGUUAUUUAUCUAUUAUUAAUGUAAGAAUGUAUAUAAAUAUCUAAGAGGUCAUAUGUACGGUGCGGUCAUUCCGGUUAGAUUAAUAAAUGGAAUAAAAACUGUAUGAUAACAUUUAAAUAUUCAUUAUAUCUUUAGUAAAAGUUUUUACUUGAUAGCAAGAGUUGUUAUUCACACGCAUGCAUGUACUAAUAUUUGUACUUUCAUAUUAUUUAAGCAGCUGCUUAGAUUUCAAUCAUUUACCAUAGAUAUCGCUGGAAUUACAUGGAUUUUUUGACAGUCAAGUUUUACUGUAUAUAAAGGUAAAUGUUAUUUUAAAAUAUAUUAGGUUAAACAAUUUAACCUAGUAUGUUUCGAGAUUCUUAAAUGUAGAUUUAAAAAAAAAUGCUAUUAUGUCGAAGUGUAAACAAAAAAGAUAGCCCUCAUAUAUGGGUAUCAUAUGAAAAGGCUCACCUGAAAGAUUCUGAAAUAUUUCUUUCGAGUUAAUAUUUAUUUAAGUUAUUGACUUGAAAGUUUAGUCGGGUUUUUAUGACAUUGUCAUUUAUGUUUUAGUAAUCUAAGUUCCGGUUCUAUAUCAUUAAAAUAGAACUAAAAUAAAUGUAUAUAUUAAAAAUAAUACAGGUUCUGUUAUAUCACAUUACCGAUUAUGUUGUAAGCGUCGAAAGUGGACCAAUACUGAAAUAUUUUUUGUUUCGUAAUAUGUUAGGACGACCAGCUCGAAAUUAUAAGCGUUUUAAAUUGGCUACUCGAUACUAAAAUAUCACCCUUGACGCACAGACAUAGAUUAAAUCUAUAUAGAUAUCAAUGAAGUAGUAAUUAUAUUCAUAUUUUAAAUUAGUAAAUGAGACAAUUGUUUUAUCUGUUUUUCUAUUAUUGUUUCUGUGUUUAUUACACUGUUUAUGAUCUCUCCCCCCAUGCUACUGAUGUAUAAUUAUUUUCCAUAUAUAUUUUAGGUAAAUGUAUAAUUGAAUUCAUAUUUUUAUAUUUGGUCUAUUAUACUAUUUAUAAUGCAAUUUGUGCUUAUUAUUUAAUAUCUAUGUCUGUGAAUCGAUAUUUUACAUCUUUGAUACGCCAUCUAUCGGCGAUAGUAAGCUAUCAAAUGAAUAUCAGUAAGCUUUUUAAACUGUUGUAACUUGAUUUUAAUUUUCAAUAUACGUUCUAAAUAUUAUGAAACGACUAUAUAUGAUUUGUCUCAUUUGUUUUUCUUGUUAGAUAUAUUAAGAAUUAUUCUCGUCAAAUACUUUAUUGGAAAUAUAGUAGUGUAAAUCGGACUUCACCAAUACUGAUUUUUUUUUAGCAUAUAUAAAAAUAUAUAAUGAUAGGGUAUAACAAUCAUAAAUCUUAUUAUGUUUGCCUGAUAUAAAGAAAUAAAUAAAAAAAUGUUAAAUAUUGAAUUUGUGGAUGAAAUAUUAGGUACUGUGUAACGUGAAACUAAACAACUGUCUUAACAAUUCCCCCCAACAGAUCUGAAUAUAAAAAUAUAACUUGAACAUUUAACAUAACGUAACAUUUAUGACUCACGUUUUUUAUUUCGUACGAAACAUUCAAAAAUAGUUUUUAUAUUUCGACCAAGGAACAUUUUUUUUUUAACGUUGAAGUAACAAAGUUACAAUCUGACCGAUGAUGAGUGGUUACCGUUGACUAUGCAUACUUGCAGUACUCGUUCGCGUUGCCGACCUUGAAACGUUUUGGAAUUUUUAAGAACCUCGUGCUUCAGUAUUAUAGGAAAACUUCGACAGGGAGCUCAGUUUAUAACCUGAGUGUCCACGCCUUGAAAUUUCUCUGUAUACGCGCUGUAUACCACUAAGUUCUAUGGUCUGGGAGUGGAUUCUCCAUGGCGAGUAGUCUGAUAGUAGAGUAUAACCAUGCGUAUCAAUCUCUCGAGAUGUUCGCCGUCUAAUAUACUACCUAUCAGGGCUGGCCUUGGCCUACUUGACACUUCUGGGUAGGAUUUUGAUCACUCCCUCCAACUACUAAAAAAAAAGUUAACACAUUUUAUCAACAUGCCCUGAAUAUUGACGGCACUUGGCGCCUUGCCUGAUGAUGGUCUUUUCUUUAUUAUCAUCAGGGCAUUGUUGAUUCCGAAGUCGAAUUUAAUGUGAUCCUUUAUCAAUCCUAUGAUCUUCUCUCGCUUCUCUCACACUUUGACUCCUUUUUUAGACUUCGCCUACUUUUGGUGCUUCUAGACGCUGCCCGAUAAAGCCGGUACUGCUUUCUAUAGAUAAAUACUUCAAUGGGGAAAGUUGUUCAGUUUCUUGUAAACUUGAUUUCGAAUAUUAUUUUAUAUUAUACUUUUCAUAUCGCAUCUUGUGUAAUUUAGUUAAGGAUUAAAAAAAAGUCACAGUUCUUUGUGAUAUACAAUGUUAUACUUUACGAAGAGGAUUAGUGCUAUUUAUUUGGUGUUAUAUUGAAGCACUCGUUUUGGCUAUGCAAUUAAUUCAUGUUAUGUUUAAUUUUGUUUAUUAUUUUUAACAUAUCUUAGGAGAGUUCAUACCGUAAGACGGCUGUGUUCAUACUACGUAAAAGGAAGUACCUAUAUGAGAAAUCCAUGGUGUCACGAUGUCAGAUCACGUUAACUUCUGAAACUGCCCGGUUUUAAUGAAAUUUGCAAAUGUGUAUUAUUAAAUGUUUUUCAAUCGAAGUAAUAUCAAUAAAUGAAAAGGGCCGUAUUGAGCUAAUACAGUAGUAAUUUGGCAUCUGUCUAUAUCUCAUUUUGCUUUGGAAGUUGCUGAAUAUUGUUAACUCAAACGUAUUUGUCGAUUUUGACAGAGAACACAGACCAGUCUAGUCUUACGGCGUUAACCUCCUUUAAGGCAUUACCAAUUGGAAAUUCAUGUUUAUAUUUAGAUUACGAAAUGGCUGUAAAGUAACGUAAGCGGAAGUUAUUUUUAAAUGUUUAUAUUAUAGGAAAAUAUAUAAAUGUAAUUAAUAGAAA